AUGUUUUCCUGUGAAGGACGCGCGAGAGAAAAAGGAGAGGCUAUUUAUGAGAACACAAACUGUGAAGUGGACGAACUUUGCGUGGAUCUUUUCGCGGAUGGAGGGACAACUACAAAACGAGUUCUCAUCGGAGCGGCGAGCCAGUUUGAAGCGUGUCGUGUCGCUCCAUAUGUCAACGUGGGAGCUCUGCGCAUGCCAUUCCAGCAGGUGCAGGCGCAGCUGCAGCUGGACAGCGCCGUAGCCCACGCGCACCAUCACCUGCACUCACACCUGGCGGCGCACGCGCCCUACAUGAUGUUUCCCGCCCCGCCGUUCGGUUUGCCCCUGGCGACGCUCGCGGCGGAAUCCGCCUCGGUGGUGGCGGCGGCAGCGGCGGCAAAAAGCACCAACAAAAACUCAAGCAUCGCGGAUCUGAGACUGAAGGCGAAAAAGCACGCGGCGGCGCUGGGGCUGUGACGUCACUGAGCACCGAACGCGACGCGAGGCAGAAAAACAAACGCAUUAUUUAUGUUUUCCUGUGAAGGACGCGCGAGAGAAAAAGGAGAGGCUAUUUAUGAGAACACAAACUGUGAAGUGGACGAACUUUGCGUGGAUCUUUUCGCGGAUGGAGGGACAACUACAAAACGUUUGAAUGAACUACGAGAAAAUAAAAAGAGUUGAACUUUUAGUGAACUUUUGCAGAAGACAAGAAGCUGAAUCUGAAUCUGAUGAUAUAAAGCAGCUGGGACGAUUGUUCGGCUGUUUGUGUGACAACGCGAACAUUUCUGCUUUAAUACGUUAUUAGUAAUUAAUGAAAAUAAAGAGGCUGGCCUCGUUUUAUUUGAAACAAAGUUUCUCUGUGGAUAUUUGUGAAAUAUUACAGAAAUCACUUUUGUUGCCAAACAUGAAAACCGCAGUGUUAAACACGGAGAAAACACGAUUUCAGUCCAAGUUUAUGCUCUUUGAGUUCUGCAACAAAAUAAACGAGCAUUAAACGAAACGAUGAUCAUUCCUUUGCCUAUUAAUGAGUGUAUUGUGAAUAUAAUCCAAUAUCAGGUGAUUUUUCAAUGGAGAUCCGUCAGAUGCACACUUCACAUUAACACACAUCAGGCUUUUAUUCUCGGUGUACAAAUCAAAUUCAGGUAAUACACUAAUAUUGAUAUGGUACGGGCACGUGUAAAAUACCUAUGUUAAUAACAACAACAACAAAAAAAUACUUUGGUUGUUUUAUGCUUCAUCAAGGCAUUGUGGGAGCACUCUGGAUUUUCUUUGCUAUUUCCUUUAGUUCUUGUUCCUUCAUCUUUUGUACAACCAUGUGAAUCUAAAUGUAAUGUUCAUGUUUUAUAAGGGUUAUAAAAGGACAUCGACUGCGGGCACUCAUUUUUAUGAUAUCUAUGAUUUUAUCAUGACUGUGAAACGUGAGCUCACCUCAAC